GACGGCUAUAUUGUCUCCAAUCUUUAUCAAUUGAGAAGAAUUAUGCGGUCAAUUUGUUUUUUAAAUCAUUAUUCUUUUUUGCUGUUAGUAUUUUGUCUUCUCUUCUGUAUGGAUUGGAAGCUUACUCCCUUUGUUUUUUCCCAGAAGAUUUGUUUGCAUGUGAUUGUCAUUCAAGUACUUGAUAUUUUUUGGAAUCCUUUCAGGUACAUCUCAAUGGCUGAUAUAGUAGAUUUGUCUUCAGUGUCACCCAUGACCCUUAAAAUAAUUGAUUUUUGGAUCUUUGCUUCACUUUGGUGUGGCUUAAACAUGGAUGGAACUUGCCAUGGGGAUCUAUGCUGUGCUAUGUCUACUACUUCAAACAACGUCAAUUACUGUAGGUUUGUGUUGUCUGGUUUGCAUAGUAAUACAAACCAGUGUUUUCAUGCUGUGAAGGAAGAUUGUAGGACCACAGUCUGGACUUACCAACGAGGUAAUGAUGGAACCUUGGAUUCGUUCCAGCAUGACAACCAGUUACAGAAACGAAAGAAAAUUUCUUAUGUCAGGAGGCGCAGAGAUUUGUACAAGGCCUUUGGUCCUGGCUCUAAAGCUGAGAUGGCCAAGGUUCUCGCUUUUGGGAGCCUUUUCACAUCACCGUACAAAAAUUCAGAGCUUUACAUUGAUAUUCACCAAGCACCUGGAGAUUCUCGAAUACAGUCCCUGCUUAAGGAUGUAAAGUUCCUUCCAUUUACUCCUGAGCUAAUAGCUGCUGGAAAAGAAAUAGCUCAAAACCUGAUUAAGGAACCGUUUCUAUGCGCGCAGCUAAGAUUACUAGAUGGACGGUUUAGGAACCAUUGGAAGGCUACCUUCUCAGCACUCGCAGAGAAACAGUCGGAACGUGAGGGAAACAAUGAUAAUGGCUUGAUUCAUAUUUUUAUGAUGACAGAUCUUCCCAACGGAAACUGGACCGGAACUUACCCGGAAGAUAUAGGAAAUGAUAUCAAAUCCUUCAAGCUGUAUACCUUGACUGAAAGCGAUGAGCGGGUGGUGCAGGCUGCAAAGAGAGUUGUGGCAGCAGAACAUUGCUUGAAGUCUGGCUUUCUUCCAAGGAAUAUUAGCAUGGUGAACAAGAGUAAAGUUUGUGGUCAGGCAUUGUUAAAAAAUAUUCUAUUAUACAUUGAGGAAAUUGUAUGUAGUUGUGCCUCACUGGGAUUUGUUGGGACUGCAGGAUCAACAAUAGCAGGAAAUAUACUAUUGAUGAGAAAAAAUAAUAUCUGCAAAUUAUAGUCUUAGGAAUGCUACUUCGGUUCAAUGGUACAAGCUGAGAUUUUGAUGAAUUUGGAUGCUUAUGUUGCCUAAUGUAUAGUUUAUGGAGAUUCUCCAUAUUUUAACAGUAUCUUUCCAUUUUUUUUUGGUGAAAAGCUUAUUACACUUAAUUAUUCCGCUGCAGUAAAUUUAUUGGUUAAUGCAAUUUAUUCCAUUUAUGAACA